GACACGUUCAACAUGGCGGCUUCUAUGGUGACAUGGGCUGGUUUGACCGCCAUCGGUCGUGUUUGUGGACAAAUUCAGUCUAAGUUGCUUGGGGCUUCAUCUACGCUGUCUCAAGUGUCAUGGCUUCACACAAGUGCAGAGUUAAACAGUAAACAUUGGGAGAGGAAAAAUCUGAUUGUAUAUCCACCACAACAGAAAGAUGAGCCACGCAGACCUGCAGAGAUCCAUCACUGUAGACGUCAGAUUAAAUACAGCAAAGACAAGAUGUGGUAUUUGGCUAAGCUGAUCAGAGGUAUGACCGUUGACCAGGCACUCACUCAGCUAGAGUUCAAUGACAAGAAGGGUGCUAAAAUAAUGAAAGAGGUUAUUUUGGAAGCCCAGGAAAUGGCAGUGAAGAAUCACAACGUGGAAUACAAAUCAAAUUUAUAUAUUGCGGAAUCAUUCUCAUCCAAGGGAAAGUAUCUGAAGCGCAUUCGUUUUCAUGGACGUGGCAUGUUCGGCAUCAUGGACAAAGUGCACUGCCAUUACUUCGUAAAGCUUGUUGAGGGGGUGCCGCCCAGUGUGGAACAGAAGACUGGAUUUGACCAGGCCAAGGAGUACGUGGAACAACUGAGGAACCGAACAGUUAUUCACUCACUAUAGUUUAACAUUACACUUGACGUACUGUUAUUAUGUCCAUGUAAAUAAUAAUAAAGAAAAAUCAC